GGGGCGGCUGCGAGGCGCGGCCGGGCGCGCUGCCCCGCGGCACCAGGGGCGGCUUGCCCGCGUCCUCCUGCCCGGCAUGGGGGUCGGGCUCCGGGCGAGACCCCGCGGCCGGCGCUGACCGGAGCGGCACCUGCCGUUCUCCUGCCCCGCAGCCCCGCGGGGAGGAGGCUGGGCGGCGGCGGAGGAGACCGGCGCCCGCGGGCGGGCGGCGCGGGGCUCGGCGCGGCGGGCCGCGGCGCUUGGGGCUCGGGACCCGGAAGCAGAAGCGGGGGUCGGGAGGCGGCUGGAUGGGAAGGAGCGGCGGCGGCGGCGGGCGGCGAUGGGGGAGCAGCAGAGCUCGUUGAGCGCCCCGCCGGCGGCCGCCGCCGCCGCGCCGCCGAGCCCGACCGGGGGCCUGCGGGAGCCCGGCCCAGACGAGCCGCCUCUGCCGAGAGAGGCGGCCGCGGGCGGUGGGGCGGCCGGGCAGGGGCGAAUCGGAGAGCCGCCGCCGCCGUCCGCCGCCAGCUCCGAGCGGCGAGAGGCCGAAGAGGAGGAGGCGGAGGCGGCGGCCGGGCCGGAGCAGGCGGCGGGGGAACCGGCGGCCCUGGCGGAGGAGGGGCCGGGGCUGGAGGGGGGCAACGGCCGCCGCCGCCCCCCCCGGCGGCACGUGUACUGCACCGUCUACUGCGUGGAGAACGACCGGCCGGCGGCGGCCCCCGCCUCCCCCCGCGGCGGCCCCGGCCCCGGCGACGGCCCGGGCGUGGGGCAGCCCCCGUCGCGGCGCGGGGUGGCGGCGGGCGGCGACCCGCUGUCGGCGGGCGGCAGCAUCGAGGUGGUGGACUUGUACCUGCUGCCCGAGCCCUUCUCCGGGCUGAUCGCGGGGGAGUUUGGGCCGCUGCUGGUGCUGAGCUGCCGGGUGUGCCUGGAGGAGAAGCCCAUCAAGCCCCUGUCCUGCUGCAAGAAGGCGGUGUGCGAGGAGUGCCUCAAGCGGUACCUCAGCUCCCAGGUGCAGCUGGGACAAGCGGAUAUAAAAUGCCCGAUCACAGAGUGCAGCGAACACCUGGAUGAAACAACGGUCCUCUAUAACCUGCCCCACGACGACAUCAUCAAGUAUAAAUAUUUCCUGGAACUCAGCCGCAUUGACUCCAGCACCAAGCCAUGCCCUCAGUGCAAGCACUUUACAACCUUCCGGAGGAGAGGCCACAUUCCUACCCCUGCCAAAUUGGAGAACAAAUACAAAAUCCAGUGUCCAUCUUGCCAAUUUGUCUGGUGUUUCAAGUGCCACUCUCCCUGGCAUGAAGGUGUUAACUGCAAAGAAUACAAGAAGGGAGACAAGUUGUUGCGUCACUGGGCCAACGAAAUCGAACACGGGCAGAGGAAUGCCCAGAAGUGUCCAAAAUGCAAGAUCCACAUCCAGAGAACAGAAGGGUGUGACCACAUGACCUGUUCACAGUGUAACACUAAUUUCUGUUACCGUUGUGGGGAGAGAUACCGCCAGCUCCGGUUCUUCGGAGAUCACACCUCAAACCUCAGUAUCUUUGGAUGCAAAUACCGCUACCUCCCCGAGAGACCACAUUUAAGGAGAUUAGUGCGAGGCUCUGUCUGUGCUGGAAAACUACUCAUUACACCCCUAAUACUGGUUCUGGGACUGGCACUGGGAGCCAUAGCUGUUGUAAUAGGUUUAUUUGUGUUUCCUAUCUAUUGCCUUUGUAAAAAGCAGAGGAAAAGGUCACGGACAGGUAUGCCCUGGUAAGGAUGGACCUUACUCGCCUGAACUGAGCUGGUCCUUCAAGGGCUAUCCGCGCUUUGUGCAACAGAGCAAUACAGUGCUGGUAACAGCAUCAAAGCCACCGCCCUGGAAGAAGAAGGGGGGGGGAUCUCCUGCCAUCUUCCCUCAGCCGAAAACACUACUGCAGACCAGAAAGCCUCUUUGCUCUGGUGCACUCUGAACAAGAUGGGCCCCCUGACUGCUGCUUUUUAAAUGUUUUGGGGUUUGGUUUUUUUUUUAUUAUUAUUACUUUGGAGGGGUUUUUUUGAGUCUAAGUUUCUGAACUAGACAAUCAAAGUCUGUAUUGUAGCCAGAACUCUACUACCGAUUUGGCCUGUGAAGAAAGCAUUUAACUGCUAACAUGUGCUCCGUUUAACUUCAGCGUCGGCCUUUACGGGGGAAAUGCUUCGAAGUGUUUGGACUCUUACUGUAUACUGAGCAUACUACUUUUGGUAUUAAAAACUACUUCUGUAAAUAACUUCCAUCACACAGCAUUCUGUUCAGCAUACCAAAACCCCGUCACAUGCCAGAGAGCACGACAGCUGGUUAUCUUCUGAGUCCUCCUGCUAGUGGGCAAGAGUAUAGAUUGCCACCGCCAAACUGCAGUGCCUCAGAGGGAAAUAGCCUUAGUACUGAAGCUCCGUGAUACUUAGAGAUAUGCUGAUGGGUUUCACUUUAGUAUUUAAGUUAUGACAGUCUGUUAAUAUCGACUGGGGGGGGGGGUGACAGAUUUGUUAGAGAGUACAGCAUUUUAAAACUCUCCCAGUACAGAAAAAAUUCAAAGGGUUUAGAUAACAAAGAAGUGUCAGUGGCCUGUUCUGUCCCAAGAUGUCCCUGAAGUGUGAUGCAGAACGUACAAGGAAAUGUGUUUGCAGGGAAGUUGGAAACCUGCUUUUCUGUUCGGACUUGGCGUAUAAUACACAUGCUACACACUAGUUGUGUGAAGAUUGACUUGAUGAAAUUUUAUAACCUAAAAAGCACGUUUUGUUUGUUCGUUCAGCUAUAUAAGUCUUAGAGCAUCCGCUGAUGUCUCACGAGGAAAAUCUGUGGAUUUUGGGUAAGGGGAGGAGUCGUGAAUUCUUAUGAGACCAUUUCAUUCUUAUUCUCUGCUUCCAGUGUUUGUCCUCCUGAGAUGAUCUGAAGAGAAUAGCGAUCCUUGCUCUUUUUUCCUAACUUCAGAGUACCACUGUUUGCCACCAGACCUCUUUCUCAGCGCAUCGCCACAACAGCAAUGUAAUUCAGCGUUAGGAAUCAGCUACUGAGAAUUUUUUCACUUUUAGUUAUAAUCCAAAUUUAUCGUACAAAUAUAACUUAAAAGAAAAAAGAUAAUAAAAUAAAUUUGUGUAAGCAGAACACUGAAACAAUAAAGAAAGGAACUGAAUAAGAGAAAUAUCUACUUUAUACUUUAAAAAUACAAGCUGAUCUUAAAGAGAAGAAGAUUGAAUUUGUACUGUGAAGGUACUUUUUUUUUCCAGUACGUGUGUUUGAAGAUACAUAUGUGUGUGUAUAUAUAUAUAUAUAUGGGGAGAGGGGGAAGUAGGGAGAUGGGCAACGUCCUAGAGAGUCUACAGACUUCAGAAUUUAGGCCCACAAAUAGCAUAUGAUUUGAGAGGAUGUACUUUGCACCACGUUCUUUGAAAAUUGUUACUAAGUCUAAAUCUAGUUGUAAUUUUUAAGUAAAUAGUAUUCCACCCGUCAACGUAAUACUGUUGUUACAAGAUACUUUGCUUUGACUUCAAAACCUCAGUGGAAGAAACUGCUGAAUUUUGUUUACCUGGAAACAGAAAUAUCAACUUACCAUAGUUGGCUAGUAUGCUUAUUUUCUGUCAGCUUCUGGUUUUGUUUUCUUGGGGGUUUUUUUUCUUGUUGAAACAGUGUGUACAAGCACACCAUAGUAGUCAACAAGUACUUAAUAUUUCCAUUUGAAUUUAAGGGCAUGUUGGCCCUGUCGUCGUAACAGUAGAAAGAGUACCUUUCUAAGAUUUGCAAAUUAAGCAGGGAAACAAUGACAUUUAGAAGUAAAGUUCAAAGCCUAUUAUCAAUGCAAAUCCACCUGUUAAUUAGAUUUCUUCUGUGACACAUCAGUUUUCUAUUUGUGUUCUGUCAGAGGUUGGAAGCUGCCUUAAAAUCGGUCUAGUUUUUGAGUGUGUUUUCUGAGGCUGUACAUAUCAGUUGUCUUUUUGGCUUACUCAGGGAUUUUUAUUCCUUUCUUUAAAUGUCAAAUAAUGAAGAUAUUUUUGUAUUAUUUAGAAAAACCUUCAGACCUCAGAGAGAGCGAGCGAUCUGGGUUUGCAAUGCAGUCUGUAAUAUGGUGUCAAACUAUUCCACUUGAGAAUAUUUUAGUACUUGAGAUUAUCUGUAAUUAACUAUACAGUGGAUUAAUUUCCUUUCUUUUCCUGGUUCUUUCUAAAUAUGUGGGAUAUUCUUACAGUCUUUGUAGCUGUUUUCACUCUGCCAUGUUUGCCAUUUUCAGUUUCUGAUGGGAGUUCAGUAAGAUCUGAAAUUAAGGUGCUAGAAUAAAGAGCAUAAAAGGGAAGAUAAUAGAUCUGCACUUAUUUAUAUUCAGAAAGCAUGUCAUUGUGGGUGGAGGAAAGGAACACACAUCUCAACUCCGACACUAUCAUUUCAUCUAGGCCAUUUUGGUUAUAUCGGAACAGAUUAAAUCAAAGGGAAAUGGUUCUUCAUUUUCUACACAUAGCAAAACAAGGCAUCUUUGACCUUGUAAAGACAAGUGAGUCUAAUCUUGCUUUCUCUGUAAGGGGGGGAAAAAAAGGGAAUGACAAUAAUACUUGCUUUUGCUUUUCUGUAGAACAGGAAAAAUUUUCAAGAGCCAGGCAGAGUAGGGGUAUGGAAGUCUUUUUCCAUCCAUAUAAAAAUAUUCCCACUUGAAUACAGUUUUUCAUCAAUAUUAUGUAACAUAACCAACUGAAAUAUGAAAAGAAGUUUGGUACAAAACUUCAUUCAAUGAAAUGUUAGCUUUUAAACAGCUCUUCUCAUAUCAUAGGAAAUCUUACAUACAUCGAAGUCAUUUGUUUUACAAGAGUUAAUUUAUCAGUUUGAAAGAAGUGGAAUGAACUUUGUUUUAAGGAAAUUCAAGGUUGUUUUUCUUUCAUUAUGUAAAUGUGUUUUGUUUUUUGUAACUGUGUUCUAAAGAACCAUCAGACGGUUCUAGUCCAUCUUUAUUACCAGAAGACUUCAUCAGGCAGCUGAAUUAACCUGCUAAGGCAGAUUUCAUGCUACUGUAUGCUGAUUAUCAGGAUUGCUUUCACCACAUUUAAUAUUUAAGAUUAUUUAUCCUCGUGCAAAGCUGUUCCUUAGCGAUACCUGUAUUCAGACUAGGAAAUGCUUAAAUCCAUUCUACGUUAGCUUUCUAUUUCCGGCUUGCCUGGCAGUGGAUUUGCCCAGGCGCUCAGGUCUCCUUGCAGGCACCCUCCCAGCAGCGCUGCGCUGUGUGUGCCCCGUCCUGCGCCCGCUGGGGAGGCCCGGGGAGCUGCUUUCCCUUUCUCCACUAAGAGUAAUUAGUUGUAUUUCAUUAAUUGGGUCAAGUUUCAGGGCUGCUCAAGCAUGUGAGUGGCAGGAUGAGUCUGCUUUCAGAGCAUCGUUAGGUGUAUUUGCAGAGCUUAUCCAGGAGCUUCAACUGGAAAAUAGUUGUGCUUUUCCUUGUGUCAAUCUAUUAGCCAGUGAGAAGAAGAAACCAAGUAAGAAUAUAAGCAAGAUACAAUUCUGAGUAGCCUUAGCUGUAGUUGACCCAUCGGUUUUAGUUCCAUACAAAUAAAUCUGCUACUCUUCAGUUCUCACCUCCUCUAUAACAAACAGCAUAUUCAUAUCUUUCAGAUGUCAUUAAAAUACAGUGCACUUUGAGUGAUCUGUUAUCUUCCUUUGGGGCAGUGCGAAUGUGUAAGGAAGGAAGGAUUUUGAUUGUACUAAUGCUGACUUCAUAACUCUUCCUGGUAUGUUAGGGUUUGGGUUUUUUUUAUUUACAUCUGUUUAUUGGUUCUGAAGUUUGAUCAACGUGAAGUUUUGCUUUAUUAAAAAUAUUAAUUUGCAGGGACUAUUGCCAAUUUGACUAGAAGAUGUUUUGGAUCACUAUCAGGUAUUCUUUUUAGCCAAGGGGCUUUCUGCUUUUCCAAAGACUGACGUAGCUCGUGAGAUGUUAAAUGGUCUGUAGGUAGGGCAGUAAUUCUGUCAGAGGAUACAAAUUUUCUCCAGUGAUAGAAUGGUUUCUCCUGCUGGUUAGGUCUGACAAACUGUUUCAUAUUCAAUGGCCAUAUAGUUUGACAUCUACUCUUGAGUUUUUCAAAAUUUAGUUGUGGGGUUUCAUUUCUUGAGCAAGGCUUGCAUCAUUCAUAAUGCUUGGUAUUAUAAUUGGGUAGGUCCAAGUUGUGGAUCAGAACCAUGGAUUACUGUUACUCUUACAAUAUAUAUUAGAUCUCUGAUUUUGCUGAUGGAAAGAAUCCUACCUGAGGAAAUUAUGGCAGAGAUAAUCUCUUAAUUUAAUUUUGCAGCAUUAUAGUUGCAGUGGGCCAGCUCCAUUCCUGACAUCAGCCAUAGCCCCAUUAAACCAGAGAAGUUGUACCCAUUUUUAUGCCAACAUGGAGUUUGGCCCCAGGUACUUUGAUAAAUAUAUGUGGAAGCGUGUUGAGAGCCAUUGUGCAGCAACUUGAAAAUCUGGUUCGCUUCUGAAGAAGUGCAAACUACUAUGGAGCUGGUCCUCUCACUCGCAGGGUGAUCCUGGUGCUGUUUAAUGAGUCCAGGAGAGGCCGGGGAGUAGGGAAGAAUAUCCAAACAACAUUCUUAUUAGAGCAAAUUGUCAGGGGAAGGAAUACUAGUUUUGAAUAUAAUAAAGAGACCACCUCAGUGCUUUGAGUCACCAAUAAAGUUAGAAAGAACAUCCUUAGGCAGUGUUAAAUAACGUAUCUUAAAAUUCUGCUUUCUUCAGUGUAACAGUGUAGCACAGUGUAAGAAUGGGAAUUACAGCUGUUCAAUAUUUUCUGGACUUACAUAAACUUGAAAAAGAGGGCACACGGUAUUUAAAAAGUUAUGUUGCUGAUACAUUUGGUGGCUUGUCUUGCUACUGUUACGUAAAGACCAGCUGAGCCUUGAUUCAACUGCAGGACAAGCAGUCUUUUCAUUUAAGUACUGCUCAAGCUAUAACACAACAUCCCCAAAUUUCUUUCUUAAUAAAAGUAACAAGUGCAGCUUGUUGCAGUUACACAGGACUGUCCCUUCCUGGCUGGUUCUUCCUUAUCAUUCUGUGCAGAAGGGCUCAGGAUCUAUACGUUCCCUCUCCAUUGCUUAUAUUAGACAAUUAAUCACUGAUGCUCCUCUGAGCCUGAUGGUGAAAUACCAUAAGGUAGGGAAAUGAAAACUGAUCUUCAGGUACAUGCUCUGAUUUCAAAGGUAAAAAUGUGUAAUAAGCUUUAAUUAUUUACUCCCUAGUAAAAAAGAAACACACAAAUUUCUCAGCAUAAUUCCAGCUGUUUAUUUCCAAAUAUAUGUUCUUUUUAAAAAAAGGAGUAGUUAUAAUAGCAAUUAUUUUAUUAAAAAAAAGGUGUAUUGUGCAAAAGAAAGCCUUUUUGGAGCUUGUUUGGUUUAUCAAAACUUGAAAAAUUAGUCUGAAGUGUUUUGGAUGGAUCAGAGUCAGAAGAGAAAUUUAUUGUGUAAAAAUAUUUUAUAUUUUUACAAUAAGCAUGGAUAUUGCACAUACCUGCUUAAACACGGUUGCACGGUAACCCCAUUCAGUGUUUAUCUUGUUGAAAACUUGUCAGAAUGAAAACAGUAUUGUUGAAAUUUUAACCUGCUGUCACUGAGCAUCAUGCUACUAAUACGAUGCCACAUUUACCUCUUUUAGGAGGAAAACCUACUUACAGAAUCCAACCAAGCUGUUCGGAUAUUUUAAACCUGUCCUAUAAAAGUGCUGAUGCAGGCAAGAAACACUUUCAUGCCUUAUGCAAGUUCUGGGUAAGCAGAUGGAUUCAGUCUUUAGUCAUGGAUGAUCUCUUUGUAUAAAAAUGCACUCUUAAGAGUUCUUCAUAUCACAUUUGCAUUCUGCUGCUUCGUGUCCAGAAAUUGCAAGGACAGGGGUAGAUUUACAUUUCACUAUGUUUACGAUCUUAUAAUAAAAUGUUUACCAUAUUUCCAUUUGUUAUACACUUUAUUUCUUCUUUUCCUUCCACAUUUCAUAAUUUCAAAAUGACUUGUGAAAAUGACUGAAGAUGAAAUUGGACCUAGAAAAUGUGAUCUCAUAAGAAGUCAUUUCAGUAAUGCUUUGCUGAGCUACACCAGCAAAAGAUUAAUUCUGUUGUAUUUAAAUUACUUAAAUGCAAAAUGCUGAAAUCUGUUUUUUCUUCAGGGCUUUUAAUUUUGCAUUUUUUUAAAUAUGAUUAAACAGCACAGUCUUCGUUACGUAACUAACCAUCCGAGUCCAGAUAACUUUUUAAGGUAUUUGUUAAUUCUUUAGACUAUGGCAGAGAUGAGGAUAAUAGGUGCUUUGAAAAAGAAAACGUGAUCUCUGUUUCUGAGGAGGUUGUCCAAGCUGAACUUUAUUUUAAUUCCAUGACAGUUCAGUGAGAAAUCUUCCCCUGACCCCAUUUCUUUUCUUUUACAUAUUUUAAGGUAAAGAAUUCCUUUUAAAAUAGGGUUAAUUUGAGUGGCAGGAGGUGAGGGUAGUGAGAUGACAGAUCACAUCCUUUUUAGUAUACAGGCUUUUGGCACAACUAAAGUGCUGGCCAAAACACUGUGGAUUCAUUAAAAAAGCAAUUUCUAACUCCACGUUGGAGCUAUAUUCAAACUAGAUGCAUCAGUGAUUAGAACUUUCUGUAGUAUAUUUGGUGACUAAGAAGUUAUAAAAACUGGAGGUAGGCAAUACCAGUGUAAUCAAUGCUUGAAUUCCGGUAUUCAGUGUGUUUUGUAUUAUGAGAAAUUUUAAAUGUGUAAGUGCCUUAUUGCUUGAAACAAAUGAAAGGUGUUCAUUCUCCUCCAUAGAGCAAUAUGGGGAUUUCUGUUACGUGGACUCCUACAGACAGACAUGUUAAGCCAAAGUAACCAAUACCGGUUUGCUCAGAAAGUUGAAAAAUGUUACGUUAGUGAAGAAGUUAUGUUUUUGCAAAUUAUAAAAAUAAUCUGGCAUGCCUAUUUUAAUUCUGAUGAUCCCAUUUCUGAGGGUUUGGGUUUUUUUUUAACUAGCUGUUCACUCCUCUUCCCAUCUUUUCUUUCAGUCUUCUGCAGAAAUGUAUCUUAUAUGUGUUGUCAGAAUGGGUUUGGUCUUCCAGCAUAACCACCUAGGAGUUUGAAACCACUUAAAGCAAUGCAACUUUUUGGAGAAGAGAAUUCAGCUGAAGUUAGGUUAGACGCCAGCCAGUGGUGUGUGUACCCUCGAACUCCAGGGCUCAAAUGGGCCCUGUUGGCACUAAUGCGUGAAGACGGAAGCCCUGAGGACCGUGGUGCACAGAGGUGCGCUCUAGCUAGGUUGGGACUUAGAGCAGUUUAACAGCAUUUCAGUGCAAUCCAACUUGAACUAACAUAUCUUAUUAAUAUCAAUUGGUAAUUCCUCGGGGGGGGGGCCGUCAAACAAGCUUGGUGGAGCAGCUCUGGGAUCUCUGCCCAGCCCUUCAUUGCAUGGUCAGAGGUAUGAUCUGAAAAACUAGUAUUCAUUUUACGCUCUUCAGAUAGCUUCAAAAUGGAUACUGUAGGGUUUAUUUCUUUUUCUGGGAUUACUUCCUUUCCCAGAAGACAGCAGAAAUCUUACCUUUUCUGAAAUAGAUUUUCCGAAGGACCUGUUUUUUCUUACUAAUAUUGCUCCCACUUUUGUCCAUCUAUUGAAAGUCAGGUGCCAAAAAUAAGCUACUUGUCUAAAAUUAUCUUGAAUUAGAUGAACUUCUGUUAGAAACGAUCUUUAAAAAAAUACUGAAGUUAUAUAAAGUUAUAUAUAAAAAUAUUGAAGUUAUAUAUUUCCAGAACUGUAGGAAAGGCUUCCUCUCUGCCCCCCGCCCCGAGUUCUUAAUUAGUAAUAACUGUCACUUGCAGCGUUAUUUUUUUUCAUGAAGCAUCACACAUGAGUGUUUAAUCAGGAUUCAGCUUGCAUGCCUGAAGUUUUUAGUGAUAGGGAAUUUGAUUUAGAGACAUACUGCAAUAAAUUAUAAGAGAAUUAUCCCUCUUACAGAUAUCUUAAUAUCUUCUAUUUCAGUAUUACCUCCAGUUUUUAGGCGUUUACUAAGUCAUUCUAUAACCCAUUGAAUAGGAGGCACCAUAUAUCAAAAUACUUCUUCAAUCUUAGGAGUUACUGUUUAUUUUUAAAAGUUACUUCCUUAAAUGACAUUUUUUUUCUCCUACAACCAGCAGGCGCACAACCAAAAUGCUGAUAAGGCUUUUCCAUUAUCUUUCUCUUGCGUUUAGCUGAUAACUAUUUUUUUGUUGUUGUUGUUGCUGCAUAGUUUUGCAACAAUGGUCUUCAUGCUGUAAUAACUUGACAAAAAUAUUUGUUAGUCUUGGGCAAUAUUUUACAAAGAAUCCAUCUUCAAGUUGGUAUUUUAAAUGUAUACCAGUAAUCACCGUUGAGUGCUACCUUUGUGGCUGCUUUAGUUUGUGUCGAUGUUUUGUAAGGAUUAUUUCUUGCUACCCUCUUCAGAGUGCCUUUUAAUUUAGGAGGCCUAGAGACGGUUCACUGAAGUUUUCUGUUGAAUCUAUCAUAGUAAUACCUGAUUAUUUUUUUUUAACCUUGUCCUGAUGAAUGUAAAACUAAAAUCAUGUUCUUUAAAAAGCUAUAAUAGACACAGGUUAUAUAUGCACAUGUACAUGCAUGGAUACAAGGGAAGGUGUUCUGCCAAUGUUUGUCCUGCUGGACAGGACCUUUUGAAAGUAAGUGAAUUUUUUAACAGUUUUAUUUUCAAAAUGUUACCUCACUAGUAUUCAGUAGUAGGUAUGUCUCUGUACUGCUUCACUUUGCUAAAUACAAUCACAUUCAUGGUAGGCAGUUUAAUUUAAAAGACUUUGCGAUGAAUCUGGUGUCUGUAUUGAGAGUGAAGUUCGUAAGUCAAAACUUACGGUAUUUCGUUUCCUUUAAAGGCAUUCCUUUCACUUAACACUGAUAUCCCAAGCCCCUGUUAACCAACAGACUGAAAAAGUGCUUCCCCAUGACGAAAUGGAAGAAUGUAAAGUAGCGUUUGAAUGCACUCCACCUGUCUUAGAAUCAAUAUGCAGAAAUAGGGGGAUGUUGUGGAUUUAAUGAAUUGUGGGAUUCGUUCACUUGCACACAAGGGGUUUUACAAUGUCAUCUAGUAACGUCUACCUAAUAAAGUUUUGAAAAAGAAAAAGAAAAC